UUAACUUGUUAGCAUUAGCAGCGUGAGCUCUACGCUGGGAAACAGUGGGACGGCUUCGGUUCGGUUCUGUUUGCUUGGUAGUUGUUAGUGGAGGUCUUGGACGGAUUGGAUUCAUCAGAGAUGUGGACCCAGCGGGUCAAACGACGUUCGGAUGCAGUAGCGGAGCAGAGGCACGAAAGUCUGGAUCCGUCUUUCGAACCUCGGCUGCACCGAUCUGAAACUCAGGUUGGGACGAAAUAUCUGUUGCUGUCAGGAAAAACUGAUGAGAGAGACUGCAGCCUGUGGAACAUCAUUGAGGUUCCUCCAGAUAUUCAACAGAGAAUUCUAAUUAAAAAAGAAUCUCCAGAAGAAAAUAAUCUAGCUGUUACCCACCAGUCUUCCCUCGUCAAGGAAGAACUGGAAGAACUCGGGAUUGGUCUGGAGGAAGAAAAGCUCAAAGGGAAGGACAAAAUCACUGCGGUUCUCAUUAAGAGUGAAGAUGAAGAGAAGACUCCUCUUCAACAUCAACAAAUUGUGGACAGAGAUGUUCCAAGCAGCAGCACAGCUAAAACUGAAGAAGGUGUCCAUGGAGGAGCAGAGUUCUGCAGAACCCUGAAGGGAAACAGUUCUGUAGAGACUUUCUCCUCUUCAGAGACUGAAGUCAGUAAUGAGGAUGAAGAGGAUGACACGAACCGUGUGCGGAAACCAUUUUUUUGUGACUUUUGUGCAAAACAAUUUAAACUAAGGACAGAUUUAAACAGACACAUAAGAGUUCACACAGGAGAGAAACCGUUUUGCUGUGAUGUUUGUGGACAAAACUUUCGGUUAAAAAUACAUCUUGACACACACAUGACGAUUCACACAGGGGAGAAGCCGUUUGGCUGUGAUAUCUGUGGUCAGGUAUUUAGUCGGAAGUCGCAUGUAAGCACGCACAUGAGAAUCCACACUGGUGAGAAACCGUUUGGAUGUGACGUCUGUGGACAGACUUUUAGCCACAAGACAAACCUAAACACACACAUGAAAACUCACACAGGAGACAAACCGUUCAGGUGUCACGUUUGUGCUCAAAGAUUUAGUCAAAAGAUCAAUUUGAACACACACAUGAGAAUCCACGCAGGUGAGAAACCUUUUGGUUGUGAUGUUUGUGGACAAAGGUUCAGCCGAAAGGCACAUUUAAAUACACACCGGAGAACACAUACAGGAGACAAACCAUUUGGGUGUGAUGUUUGUGGACAAACAUUUAGCCAUAAGACCAACUUAAACACACAUCGCCGAAUCCAUACAGGAGAGAAACCGUUUGGCUGUGAUGUCUGUGGACAGAGAUUCAGCCAAAAGAUCAAUUUAAAUACACACAUGAGAAUCCACACAGGAGAGAAACCGUUUGGCUGUGAUGUCUGUGGACAGACAUUUAACCAUAAAACAACUUUAAACACACACAUGAGAGUCCACACUGGUGAAAAACCAUAUCAGUGUGAUACCUGUGCACAAACAUUUAGCCAUAAGAGCAGUUUAAAAACACACCAGAGAGUCCACACAGUGGACAACCAAUGUCAAAGACUUAAUGAAAAGACACACUUAAAUAGCCACACUAAGACCACUGUACAAGAAACAUCCCAGUUUGCCAAUUAAAUUCAAAAUAUAAUCAGGUUUUGAGAUUUUUUUUUAUGUGCUGCUAACUUUUGUUUUUAUAUUAAAUAGUUUUGGUUAAAAAGUUCACAUAAAAUCAGGAAAGGAUUUGUUUAAGCACUUUUUCAAUGUUUUGACUUAUCAAUGUCAAAUGUCUUUCUAUGGUACAUUAAAUGAAGACUAGACCAAAGUGCUUCAAAAUUCACCAAUAAUAAAAUAGCAAAUAGAAUUAGA